UGAUUAUACCCGAUGACAUCCGCGGGGCCCGUGUCCUUGACAUUGGCUGUGGGGGAGGCUGUCUGACCUUCACCUUGUCGAAACUCGUCGGUCCAUCAGGCUACGUCGUUGGUGUGGACAGUUCCGAGAAAUUCAUCAAGUUAUGUAAAGAAGAGACCGAAUACCACAUGAAAGAGUGGGGCUACAGUCAACCAAACUGUGAGUUCAUACAAACUGAUGUAGAGAAAUUGAUGGAUUUACAGCUCGAACCUUUUGAUGUCAUUGUAUCUAACGGACUUUUAUGUUUAAUACCCAACAAGACAAAUAUAUUUAACAUCUUGUCUAAUUUACUCAAGGAAGGUGGAGAGUUCUACGACAGCGAUAUUUUCUCUGACGUGGAGCAAUGUCUGGAAGUCAAGAACAAUCCCAUCUAUAACUGCUACGGCAUCAGUGAUGCAAUGAUCUGGUCUGACCUACAAAGAGUUGCAGGCAGGGUGGGGUUCUCUGAUCCCUACCUGAUCUACGCCGCUGAGGCGUUUCAGUUUGAACAUGAGAAGCUCAAACAAGAUCUGAGGGGAGUGAACUACGCCUGUGCCGUCUACCGACUUAUCAAGUUGGCGCCUGAACAAUCUGAAGGAGGAGCCGUUGUGACGUACAAGGGCACGCUAGAUAACUGUGAUGAGUCGUUUAAGUGGGAUGUUGAUCUCACAUUUAAACGAGGUGUUCCUGUCAAGAUAGACGGGUGCCUGGCAAGUCUCUUGAGUAAAACCAAAUAUUCAAACCACUUUGUUAUUGAGGAGUCCACGGACAAGGUCACUACCGAAAAGAACCAGAAUCCAUUUGUAUACUUGAAGAAGUUGCGAGAGGUAGGCGGGGAUUACCCUGAGCCCAUUUACCCAAUGGAUGACGACAACAACCGAUUUUUUGAAGACAUCAUUGACAAGUCUUUGUAAACUUUGCUGCUAGUUAAAUAUAUAUAAAAAUCAUCAUUGGCACCUUAUUUGACAAAUCAGUAUUAACGUCAUAAUUUAAAAUCAUAUAACAAAAUUGUAAUUAACAAUGUAGUUACUAAUUCUAGAAAGCUUUAUCAUUUGUAUAUUACUAUUAAUAUAUUUAUACAUACACAAUUAUUUAUUGUAAAUCAUGUGAUAAUAUCCUAUUGUGUAUAUAUUUUUAAAAAAAAACCCAUAGUAGAAGAAAGUACAGCAGUAUUCAAUAAAUAAACAGAUGACGUUUGUUAGCUGAGCUUAGUAGCCCAUCUAGAACAGAAAAGCCCAAAAUAACCAAUAACUGUCUUGCUUUAAGUUUUUGGAUGAACUGGGAGUAGAUCCAGCAAGAAAAGCAAUCUUAAGAAUGGGUCAACGGGUCAUAUGACACAUAGUGUAUUGACACGUAAUGCUUAACUGUGUUGGAGAAAUCAUCUCUACAUAGAUAUACAA